GGUUUCUCUCGAUCUCUGGGAUUGGAUAAAAUUGGAUUAAUGGGAUAAGGCAACGUAAUACAUGGGCAAUCUGCAUUUGGGGAGAACUUUCUAUGGAAAACGGUCUCUAACUGCUAGACACGAAUAAAACCAGACCCACAGGACCAACCUAAUAGUGAGUUUCAUCGUUAUCAGCUGGAUUAAAUUAAGACCAAAAAAUGGAGAUGAACCAACACCAUAAAUCGGAUGAUUACGUCGUUGAAGAAAUGGAAAAUAAAAAAGAUUCGGAAGAGGAACCAACCGAAGAUGCGCCUCUGAAAGGUGAUUAUGUAACCGGAAGUGGUGGUACGGAUCUCAAAGAAAAUGAUACAAAUUUGCCACCUGCAACAGUCACCGUCAAAGACUGUAGAGCCAAAGGUUUUCGCGGAUGGUUAGCCAAGCCACGUGUUAUGUGGUGCAUUGCCGUCAUCGUAGCCAUCUUUCUGCUCUCUGUGGUGCUAGUAGCCACACUUCUGGCUGUAGAAUACGAAGAGGAUGUCUACGAAGACCCCGUGCCCAGAUUCCUUUACAUGUGGCCUCGUCCCAAUCGCAGAAACAAUAUAUUAGCAUUCAGACACGGAUCGCUCCCUUACGAAGGGAAACAUUGGCCGAAACUGACGAGCCAACUCGAUAGACUCUGGAACAAUUACGAAAGUGUAGAUCGAAGUAACGUCACCGAGUGUUACAACAUACCAACAUCCGAGGAUACAGUUUGUUAUUUUGAUAUCCGCACCAUUGCCAUCGAGUGCAACAAACUCACCCAUUACGGUUACGAAGAAGGUAAGCCCUGCAUCUUGUUUCAGUUCUCUAAUGUCACCGAUUGGAAACCCGAAUCCUAUAGCACUCGCGAUCUUGAAUCUUCUGAACUUGAACUUCCCAAUGAUUUGCGUUAUCAAUAUAAACCAUAUGUUGUCUUUCUGGACUGUCAAGGUGAUUCGAUUGUCGACCAGGAAAACAUGGGUCCAGUUCAAUAUUCGCCCGAAAGAGGUUUUCAUACCAAGUAUUUUCCCUACAAAGAACAACCAAAUUACAUGCCACCGUUGGUUGCAGUCAGGUUUCAAGAUCCAGCAGUUGGAGUUGCAAUCAGCGUAACGUGCAAAUUGUGGGCGAAGAAUAUAAAUCACACAGAAGAAGCCCUGCCUAAAGGAAGUAUAUCUUUCAGCCUGCUGGUGGACUGAAUAGUGAGAUAUGUGCCAAAAAUGGACUGAACCCCCAUAAGAAAUUUCAUCUUUCAUACGAAUCCUAGGUUUUGUGAUUCCCUUUUGAUCAAUUUAUUUUGAUCCUGUCGUACUUUCUUCUAUAGCGACAUCACCUCUUAGUACAAAGCCGAUCGCAUCUUUAGCCCAUUAGAGCCUUCUCUUGAAAAGGGUGCCGCUUUCAAACUAAUGGUGUUUAUAUUUUUGACGCAUUUAAGCUCCUUUCCAAGCUCCAAAGUGUGGAUGUCGCUUUCUCUUUCUGAAACCACGAAGAAAGAGAUAUAUAUAUUUUGAUUUUUUCUUUUUCUCUUAUACUAGUCCUUGGGGAUCGGUCGGUAUGCAACGAAUUAUGGGACCCACAUUCAGCAUGUCACGUGUUAUACAAAUGUUUGACAAGUUAAGUAUCAUCAAAUGGAGAAAUUCAAAUUAUUCCGUGAAAAGGACAGGAAAAUUGUUCAUUUCUUUUGUCUUUCGACAAAGAAAAUUACCGAUUUGCGUGCUUAGUAGCAUUAUUUUAUCUUCUCUUUAAAUUUCAAUAAGUUAAAGAAAAUGACUCGAAAGAGGAUUAUUCUCAAAAAAAUUAAUUUUUUAGUUUCGUCUUUAAACAAUUCUUCCAAAAAUAAAAAAAAUGCAAUGGAAUUAAAGAUUUUAUAACGAAAAUAAAUAAAUAAAAGGCUCGAAACAAGCGUUCUAAAAUAUUUGUUAAAAACUUUAAGUGUUUAUUUGCUAGUUUAUUAUUAAGCCAAUACUCGAAAUUACUAUCAUAUUAAUUUUUAAAAUGUUUAACUUCUUUAUUAAUUCAGUUUUUAGAGUGUUGAAGAUCUAUUGAGGAAUAGAGGAUUUAUCUAAAAUAUGCCUUCAUGUGUAAAAGAAACCCUUAAAUUAUUAAAGAUUUUCGCUCAGUAUCAAUGAAAAGAAGAUUCUUAUUAAAAAAAUUUACAAAGAUCUUUUAUAGUUUACAUCAUCAUUUUAAGAUUCUCUUCACUCUUCAUUUCGAAUUUCUAAAUAUCAAUAUCUUAAUUUUUCUGAUAUGAACCAAACUAUCACAUAACACUAUAAAAAAGACAGCAUCAUGGCAUCUAUUUUUAACUUGAAUUCUNUUUUAUA